ACUCUCUCUUUCUCUCUCUCCUCUUUCAGUGUGUUUUCUGUUUCGCAUUCUUUGUGCAGAAAAAAUGGUGAAUCUUCGUACCAUUGUUGGUAUCAUAGGGAAUGUUAUCUCGUUUGGACUGUUCUUCGCACCAGGCCCAACUUUCUAUACCAUUAUAAAGAAGAAGGAUGUGGAGGAGUUCAAGUCUCAUCCAUACUUAGCAACUCUGCUGAAUUGUGCAUUUUGGGUAUUCUAUGGAAUGCCUUUUGUGCACCCAAACAGCCUUUUGGUCGUCACCAUCAAUGGUGUUGGACUUGUUUUCAUGAUUGUCUAUCUUACCAUCUAUUUUAUCUAUGCCAACAAGAAAGGAAGGAAGGAUAUGGGGUUUUGGCUUCUCCUUGAGGCUAUUUUCUUUGCUGCCAUUGUUCUGAUAACAAUGUUGGUAUUUCAUGGCACUACCGGCAGGUCUUUAAUUGUUGGUAUUGUUUGUGAUGUCUUCAACAUAUUGAUGUAUAUUUCUCCUCUUACAAUCAUGAAAAAGGUUAUAACGACUAAGAGUGUGAAAUACAUGCCAUUCUGGCUCUCUGUGUUUAACUUCCUCAAUGGACUUUGCUGGACAACAUAUGCUCUGCUCCAUCCCUUUGACCUUUAUGUUCUGAUCAGCAAUGGUAUUGGAGUAAUCUCUGGAACUGUUCAGCUCAUACUAUAUGGCUAUUACUGGUGCAGGGGAGAUAAUCAGAUUGAUGAUGAUAAGGGUGGUCCAGCUCCAGUUGUGACUGCAGUCUGAUCUGAUUAUGGCACUUCUUUUUUUCAAUUUUCAAAUUAGGAUGACAUUACAAAUUUUAUUAGAGGUUUUAUCUAGGUGAUUUCUUUUACAAUAUGCAUGUUAGACAUGCAUAUAAUUGAGAAGGAUUGGCUAUUCUUUACUUUUCAAGUUUCAUUGAAUUUAUAGAUAAUUUUUCAGAACCAUGAUUCACAUUUUUUAGAUAUAUAUCCCAAGCAACUUCUUAUAAGCAU